AUGGCUGCCACGAAUGAGAACAUUGCGCCGCAGGUGCUUCGCCGUGUGGCCAAGGAAAUGUCCAACCUGAUUUCCAAGCCCAUCGAGGGCGUGACCAUGCACAUGAACGAUGCCGACAUGACUGAUAUUCAAGCCACCAUUGUCGGGCCCGAAGGCACGCCGUAUGAGGGGGGUCACUUUCGCAUGAAGCUCAUUCUGAGCCCCGACUUUCCCGCUGCACCUCCCAAGGGCUACUUUGUCACCAAGAUUUUUCAUCCCAACGUCGCGCCCUCGGGAGACAUUUGCGUCAACACUCUCAAGCGGGAUUGGAAGCCCGAGUACGGGCUUGAGCACAUUCUGACGGUGGUCAAGUGCCUGCUCAUUCACCCCAACCCAGCCUCGGCUCUGAACGAGGAGGCUGGCAAGCUCCUGCAAGAGCAGUACGAGGAGUUUGCAGCCCACGCCAAAAUGAUGACAGAGGUGCACGCCAAGCCCAAAACCGGCGCUGCUGCUGUGACGGCCGGCAAAGGCGGCGAAGACAAGCCCAAGAAGAAGAAAACGGACAAGAAGAAGGCCCUCCGCCGCUUGACAGCCGAGGGCAGUCCCUCAACCAGCAACAUGGCUCCCAAGGUCGACAACCCCGUGACCACGCACUUUGAAUUCAUGGGCCUCUUUGGCGCCAGCUUCAUCCCGGUCGCCCUGCCGCUGACCGUUUAUGCUCUGCACCUGCUGUGCAACGAGGACAAGGGCAACUGCGACAUCUGGGAUCUUCCGCAGCUCCCGGCCUGGGAGUCCUUCUUCUCCUAUGAGGCCAUGCAAGUCUUUGUCGGCUGGUUUGCCUUUCAGAGUUUCCUCUACAUGGUCCUGCCUGGCGAGGUCCACGAGGGCCUGCCUCUGCGCACUGGCGAGCGCCUCAAGUACAAGUGCAACGGUCUUGCUGCCUUUUGGGUCUCGCUGCUCUGCGUCUGUGCCGCUCAUUUGGGCGGCCUCAUCAACCUGGCGUGGAUUCACGGCAAUUUGCUCCAGCUCAUGACCGCCAGCAUCCUUUUCUCCUUUGCAUUGAGUGUCUACCUCUAUCUCAAGGCCCGCCAACCUGGCACCCUGCUUGCAGAGGGCGGCAACAGUGGCUAUGCCAUUUAUGACUUUUUCAUCGGCCACGAGCUCAACCCACGCAUUGGUGACUUUGACCUCAAGUUCUUCUGCGAGCUGCGCCCGGGCCUCAUUGGCUGGGUUGUCAUUUGUCUGGGCAUGGUCGCCCAGCAGUAUGAACAGAACAAAGAGGUGGACAUGGCUCUUGUUCUGGUGACCCUCUUCCAGUCGUGGUAUGUUCUGGACGCCUUCCUGUCCGAACCGGCCUUGCUCAGCACAAUGGACAUUUGCCAAGAUGGCUUUGGCUUUAUGCUCGUCUUUGGCGACUUGGUUUGGGUUCCUUUUACGUACACCCUCCAAGCACGCUACCUGGCCGACUUUCCCCAGCACCACUCUUCAUCCUACAUUGCCUUGAUUCUGCUUGUGCAACUUGUUGGCUACUGCAUCUUCCGUGGCGCCAACGGGCAAAAAGAUCAGUUUAAGCGUGACCCCACGCAUCCCAGCGUUCGCCAUUUGAAAACAAUCCCCACGACCCGUGGUACCAAGCUCAUUGCUUCCGGCUGGUGGGGCAUGGCGCGUCACAUCAACUACUUUGGUGACCUCUUGAUGGCCCUGGCCUGGUCCUUGCCUUGUGGCUGUGGCUCCAUCAUUCCUUACUUUUAUCCGAUUUACUUUGCCGUGCUGCUGUGGCAUCGCGAGCGCCGCGACGAGCACAAGUGUGCUGCCAAGUAUGGCGAUGCCUGGAAGCAAUACUGCGCGCAGGUGCCCUAUCGCAUCAUUCCGUACGUCUAUUAAAGGCUGCGUGCAUGUUCGUUUGGCGCGACAACACUUGAAAUGUUUGUAUGAAGCAAUGUGCAGGUUGGGGGCAUUUGCAAUUGAUGGCUACCCAGAA